AGUACCAGGCACUCAUGUUUCUGCCUCCCCUUUACGAAGGCAGAGAGGGGGUCAGGGGGAGGGGGUGACGCCUAAGAGGGAGGGUGCGGAGGGAAACAGUGGGAAGGCUGAGAGUGGGGGUUGGGAAAGCACAAGGAGGAACAGCUUGAAAUUCGGGACUUCAGCAGAAGUAGGAAUGUGGUAGGGUCUGCGAGAGAGAGAGAGAGAGAGAGAGAGAGAGAGAGAGAGAGAGCGAGUGAGUGAGUGAGUGAGUGAAAGUGGGAGGGAGGUAAGGAGAGAAAUGAUAGAGGAAGAGGUUCAGCGGUUUCAGUAAAGGAAAGCUGGGAACCCGACUGACUGCUGCUCUCCGGAGACGGGAUGGGGGAAGGUGUACGAAGAUGACAGGCGAAUAAAAAAAAAAGUUGGGAUGGAUGUUAGCAGAGCGUUUAAUGGGGCAAAGACGGAUUGAUAUAAGGCAAGAGAGGAGGCGUGGCAAGAGUGAGAGAGAGAGAGAGAGAGAGAGAGGGACUGCGUGAAAGAGAUAGAGGAAAAUAAAAGUGUGAGAAGGAGACGGCGAAGAUAAACGGCUGAAAGAGAGGGAGAGGGAUAGACGGAGGGAGGAGGCGGCAGUUAAACUAGACAGGGAGAAGAGGAGGCAGGAAGAGAGAGAGAGAGAGAGAGAGAGAGAGGACACAGGGAUGAGGGGGCUGCUGUUGAAGUUGCUUUUCUCCCUGAUGCUCUGUCUCUUCAUCCUGGGAACUGUCCUGACCGCCUUCGUCUGGUACGUCUUCAGCUACAGUGAUGUCAAACCACGCAGUUCCCCGAGCCAGGUGCGCAAGAGCCCAGAGUCGGACACCUCUGCCUGCAAGGACUGCAGGGAAUACACAAUCGACAAGAUGGUGGAACUCUACAGCUACGCCUGGAAGAAGCAGAAUGCCAAUUUCAACAAGUUCAGGUCACAGCUGUCCAGCAGGUGUCGUGGUGUCUCCACGGCGAUCGUCACUCAGAAUAACACGCCGCUGGACUCGAAGAUCUACUACGACGGGGAGAAGAGGAAGCCCCUGCAGGUGACCCCCAAACUCUACAGCACGUUCGCUAAGGAGCAGCCGUUUGAGAACGUCACCUGGAAGACGUGCGCGGUGGUGGGCAACGGCGGGAUCCUCGUCAACAGCAGCUGCGGGGAGGCCAUCGACUCCGCCCACUUCGUCUUCAGGUGCAACCUCCCUCCUCUGGACAAGGCCUAUCAGAAAGAUGUAGGCAACAAGACAAACCUGGUGACCGCAAAUCCCAGCAUCCUCAUUGAGAAGUUUGAGGGUCUGAUGGAGUACCGGCGCCCCUUUGUGGAGAGCCUGAGCGACUACGGCGAGGCGCUGCUGCUGCUGCCGGCGUUCUCGUACGCCCACAACACGCCGGUGUCGCUGCGGGCGUUCUACACGCUGCGGGACUUUGGGGGCCGGGCGCGGCCCGCCUUCCUCAGCCCCGCCUACCUGCAGAGCCUGGCGCACUUCUGGAGGGCCCAGGGCCUGCGGACGGUCCGCCUGAGCACCGGCCUCAUCGUGGCCAGCCUGGCCCUGGAGCUGUGUGCCAACGUGCACCUGUACGGCUUCUGGCCCCACGCCCAGCACCCGCACGACCGCCGCCCCCUCACCAACCACUACUACGACGACCGGCAGGGCAAGAAGAAGGUGCACGCCAUGCCCGCCGAGUUCGGGCACCUGCUCCGCCUCCACCGCCAGGGCGUGGUCAGGGUUCACCUGGGCCAGUGUGAGGAUAGGCCCAGGUAGGCCACGCCUCCCUCCCCCCGCCCC